UCGAUACAUUUUCACAGCUGACAGAGCUUUUUAGUGCGCAAAAAAAUGAAGUUAAUUAAAGAAUGAAAUGAAUCAAAUUGGCAGCAGCAGCAAGUGACCCACUCCCGCUCCAGUUCCGAACCCGCUGUCCGUGUGCUGCACUGCGUCCGCUGCCCCAGCUCCGGUGUGAAAUCAGUGCGUGAGCCCCCUCAGAAGUGGCAGCCAUGUCAACGGAGAGCAACACGCCCGUGGAUCCGCGGGUGCAGGUCGAGCUGGAGAAGCUAAACACCGCCACGGACAACAUCAAUCGCUACGAGGUGGAGCUCGAUGAAUCCAAGUGCGAGUUCAAGCGCCUGCUGGCCGAGAGCGUGGUGCGGAUCAAGGCGGCCGCCCACAAGCUGGGCAACUCCAUAGAUGCGGCCAAACCCUACUACGAGUCGCGCAUCUAUGCCGCCCAGUUGGCCAAGGAGACGCAGACGGCGGCGGCCAGCCAUGAAAAGGCCAAGUCCAUUCACGCGGCCGCCAAGGAGAUGGUCUAUCUGGCCGAGCAGGGACUGGGCGAGAAGUCCACGCUGGACACCGCCUGCCAGGAGAUGCUCAGCCACGCCGCCGGCAAGGUCAACCAGUCCCAGCUGGAGGUCACCGACACCCGCAACGCCCUCAAGAUGUGCCAGCUGAAGCUGGAGGUGGCCAACAACCGGGUCGGCAAGCUGCAGGGGCAGCUCAAGCAGGCGCUAAGGGCCUCCAGAUUGCAGCUCAAGCGCAAUUUACUUUUGUUGAGAUAUUUUAGCAUUAUGCACGCUUUGUAUUGUACCCUCUGUUCGCCGUACUACGAGACGCGGGCGAACUACAACGGACUGCUGAAGGCCCAGAAGACGCGGGUGAACGAGCUGGAGGCGAAGGUCAGUGCGGCGAAGCUCACCUACAACGAGGCGCUGAAGAACCUGGAGCAGAUAUCCGAGGACAUUCACCGGCAGCGCCAGCAGCGCAACAACCUGCUCAACUACGAGGCCAUGCUGCGCCAGGUGGACCUGGAUGCGGUGGACACGCUGGCGUCGGCCACGCAAGGCCAGCCUGAGGAGGAUGCGGAGGCGGAGGCGGUGGAGGAGGAGGAGUACCUGCGGAUGCCGGAGCGCCUGGGCCACGAGUGCCCCCACCUGCUGACGGACUUCGAGGCGGUGCUCACCUUCCCCCAAAAGCUGGCCGGCGGUAUGCACAAGUCGGCCAGCACGAGUGCGGCGGACGGGGAGGGCGGUCUGGGUCCGCUGGGCCUGCACGCCCCCUACGAGGUGAAGUCGGGCAGCGGCUCCCUGGCCUCGGGAUCCGCAUCGGCCAGCGCCUCAGCCUCCGCCAACGCCUCGACCACGGGCGCUCCGGCGGACAACGACAUUGAGCAGUGGACGGAGAUACGGCUGUCGCACUCGGACAGCACCAGCUCCAGCUACUCCAACCAGUCGCUGCUCGACCAGCACGGACUGGAGGGUUCGGGCGGCAUCGCGGGCGGAGGCCUGGGCCUGGGCAGGAAUCAUCUGGACGCGGAUGCCCAGUCGCAGCACUCGACCUCGUCGUCGGACGAACCGAAGCGCAAGGUGACCUGCACGACCAUAUUCCAGGACGACAGCAGUGCGUCCAGUGGCGGCGUUGGUGGCCAGCAGAUGAGCCGGAAGCAGAGCCUCAGCCAGUGGCUGUCCCGCUCCAACAGCUUCAAGGGCAGCGGGCGGCGGCAGAGCCUGGACCUGCUGAUCGAUGCCGGGGACAAGGUGAAGGACGUGUUCAGCUACGGCUUCCAGAAGGUGGGUCGCAGCCUGGAGCGGCGCAACAGCGAGUCGGAGAUGGGCGGCGAAAGCGGUGCCGAGGGGGAGGCGCUCCUGGGCGGCACGGCGGAUGCAGUGGCAGUGGCCAGCGGCGCCAGUGGCGGAUCAGCCGGCGGAUGCAGUGGCUCCGGCUCGGGUUCCAGCUCUGGAGGCGGUGCCGGUGACUUUUUCCUCUUCAGCAGAUCUUCAGAGCCAAAAGAGUUACUAUCCGAUGAGCAGGUUGAGAAUUUACUUUUAAAUCACACGGUGGACGAGAACGGUGCCAUUAUAGUGGAGGAACUUAAAUCGCCAACAACCACACCAAGCAUGUUCCACACACACACACACCCACAACAACAACAACAGCAGCAGCAGCAACAACAACAAAAGCAACAACACCAUCAGGCUCUCAAUGUGGUUGGAGCAUUGCUGUUUUGAAACGACAGCGAAAAACCUAUUUAUAAUUAGCAAAUCACAAACACCAAAACUCUCUCACACAAAAACACAUUAAACACUGUGUUAAAAAAUUUGACCUUUAUAUUGUUAACAUUAAUGAAAAGAUACUUUUCUAAAAGAUUGAGCAUAUUCCGUAUGUAAUGAGAAAAAAGUUGAAAAAAUUUAAAUUUUGAUCAUUUUGUAACCUCAUUAAGAGGCGAAUGGAUUUGUGUUUUUGAAAUUCCUUCACUUUAUAUUUUUAAACAAUAUUGCAAAGUGAAAGUAUUCCGAUUUGUAAUCAAAUUUACAAUUAUAAGAAUUUUAUUCAAUUCAUGACAGCGAUUUCUUUUAGAAAAGUAUACCCUCAUUAAUGUACAUUUUUGGUGUAACACGGUGUAAUUAAAUGCAGUGAUGGGAAAUGUACUUUUCGGAUUCGAAAUAAUGUUGACAUUACCCAGAUAUUAUUAUUAUUAUUUAACAAGCAUUACCAUAUUGAUCAAAUCUCUUACCUUAAUAACGAAUUGUAGUUAUUAUUAUUUAAAAAAUAUUACCUUAUUGAUCAAAUUUCUUACCUUAAUAACGAAUGCAAGUUUAUUGUAGUUAGGUGCGGUGAAAAGUACCUACAUAUAGGCAGCUCCCAUCACUGCAACUACUUAUUAAUAUGAAUUAUGGCAAAAUUUUACUCCAUGAGUAUUCGGGCAGCGAUCUUAGACCCCAAAUCCAAUUAGUCAAAAGCGUAGCGUACAUAUCAUUCGAGACAUCAAUCCAGAGGGAUCAGCCCGCAGGAAUCUUUUAGAAACCACACCAUCGGGUGUGUGGCACACUAUGUUCUAAUCCUAAAUACAAUGUGCAAUAAUUUAGUUCAUUUAGAGGCAUAUAAAUAAGAGCGUUACAUUUUAUGCUGUUUACAAAAAGCAAAUAACUAACUGCUAGUCAACAAACGAAAUCAGUUUAAUAGUUUUAGUGUGUACGAGCUAAACAUUCAGCAAAAGAUUUACAAAGCAAAACCCACAAAAUACAUACGAUUGUACAAAUAUGGUAAAUGUGGCGAUCGCAGAAAUAGAAUGGAGGGUGAGGUGCGAGGAAUCACUGUACUAAUGAUAGUUUAUGGAAUCAAUUUUAAAAUGAACGGCUUGCAAAUCGCCACCGAACCCCACAUUCUUCUUCUGCGAAUGCCACCGAGUGUUAAAUACUUGCAUAUAUUUAAUAAUACCUGCAUACAAAUUAUACGAAGUGUAUUAUACAAAA